GCUGAGGAGCCGCCGCCGUUUCCGGAGCGCAGCCGUCAACUGUCCGUACGCAGGUCGAGUCAGUGAGAGGCGGAACGGGCCUCGCUGCGGAGUCCGGCCUGCCUGAGAGGGCUUGGCAGGAAAUGACCUAGAGGCCUUACAAAUACAUUUCUGCAUUCUUCAGACUCUACAAUCAAGAGAAGUUCAUUCUGAAAGCACCACUUAACUAAUGUUAAAAGGAAACUACCUCAACAUACAGAAGGAAAGGCGGAGAAGGCUUGCAAUAAAACACACACUCACUUUCUGAAUAAUGUGUACUUGCAGAAUCUCCAGGAAGCAAACUUGUGUUUUUUUUCAGUAUUAAGAUGGAAAAUUCAAACCAGUUUGAUUGACGGGCUCCAUCAAACCGUUAAGCUAUUUGAUCUGCUGAUGUGAAGGCUCAGUGGUUCUUCAAAGAAAGACUUGCUCUGUAUUAACAAUCACUGUUGAACAGUGAUUUUGCUCUUCCUCUCCUGAUAUUAACUGAAAACGUUUAUUACUAUGAAAUUACUUUUAAAAAGAUUGUUAAAGUUUCUUCAUUGUAAAUUAAUGUUAACAUCAGGUGUCAAAAAUGCAUUUAACUGGAGCAGACCGCUUUUUUUGUCCCCUGCUUUGAAAUUGUAUCCUGAGCACAUAGUAGAAUGCUAACCAGGAAACAUACAGUAUUUUUAAGCUAUCACAGCUUGCUUUUACAAUAUAAUUUGUAACUGCAGCGGUGCUGCGUUUGAACACUGAAUAGUACGAAGCCAGCAGACCUGCUGCCUUUCUCACUGCUGAUACAGAUUACCUACCUUUUUUGUUUCUGAAAUGCCUCUUACGAGAAUUAUGUGCAUACUCUUCUACUCCUGCUAUACACAGGUAUAGUUCUCGGGGAGCAAGGCUUGAGAGUAGAUUGUUAAUUCAAGGAACCUUUGGACAAGUACUCCCUUAUGUAUUGCUGCAGUGCACAGGAAAGUAAAAUGGACUAUAAGAGGCGCUUUUUGCUUGGCGGGUCCAAGCAAAAAGUGCAGCAACACCAGCAGUAUCAAAUGCCAGAGCUAGGCAGGACCUUGAGCACACCUUUAGCAUCUCCAGCCACGACAUCCCCUCUGGUUUCCCCGGCUGCUGCUGGCGGCUGCAACCAUGCUACUCCAAUUGCAGACAUCCAGCAGGGAAUCUCCAAAUAUCUGGAUGCGCUCAAUGUAUUUUGCCGUGCAAGCGCUUUCCUUACAGACCUUUUCAGCAGCGUGUUUCGGAACUCGCACUACUCUAAGGCAGCUAUGCAACUGAAAGACGUGCAGGAACAUGUCAUGGAAGCAGCAAGUCGACUCACGGCAGCAAUAAAACCAGAAAUAGCAAAAAUGCUUAUGGAACUGAGUGCUGGAGCAGCAAACUUUAAAGAUCAAAAGGAGUUCAGCCUACAGGACAUUGAGGUCCUUGGACGAUGUUUCUUGACAGUGAUGCAAGUACACUUUCAGUUUUUAUCCCAAGCUUUGCAGAAGGUCCAACCAGUGGCUCACUCGUGUUUUGCUGAAGUGGUAGCUCAGGAAAGGAAGAAUUCCAGUAUGGCUGAGACGUCCAGUUCAAACCCAACAACUGAGCUAGAAGAAGCUGUGCGAUCCUGGAGAGGCGCAGCGGAGGCCACAUUCCGGCUGCGAGAGAGAGGCUGUGACGGCUGUCUGGCUGGAAUUGAGGUCCAACAGCUCUUCUGUUCCCAAAGUGUGGCAAUUCCUGAGCACCAGCUAAAAGAACUGAACUUGAAAAUAGACAGUGCUUUGCAGGCAUAUAAAAUUGCAUUGGAGAGUUUGGGUCACUGUGAAUACGCGAUGAAGGCUGGCUUCCACUUGAACCCAAAAGCUAUUGAAGCAAGUUUGCAGGGCUGCUGCAGUGAUGCCGAAGCCCAACAGGCUGGUCGGAGACAGACUCCUCCUCAGCCAAUCCAGUGUGAGCUCCCAACAGUUCCUAUUCAGAUAGGUGCUCACUUCCUGAAAGGAAUAUCCUUCAACGAGUCUGCAGCGGACAACUUGAAGUUGAAAACGCACACUAUGAUACAACUGAUCAAAGAAACUGGGUGCCAUAAUGGAGUGACCCCAAGGGAUGACUCUCCUGUGACCGAAAUACUGAACCAGGUUUGCCCUUCCACAUGGCGGGGAGCUUGUAAAACUGCGGUACAGUUGCUCUUUGGCCAAGCUGGGCUGGUGGUUGUGGAUACGGCACAGAUUGAAAACAAAGAGGCGUACGCUCCGCAGAUCAGUUUAGAAGGUUCCAGAAUUGUGGUUCAAGUACCAUCAACUUGGUGCCUAAAAGAAGACCCUGCAACGAUGUCUCUGCUACAGAGAAGCCUGGAUCCGGAAAAGACUUUGGGGCUGGUGGACGUUCUCUAUACCGCGGUGUUUGACCUGAGUCGGUGGAAGGAAGGAAGGGAGCAAGCUAUGCCCUGCAUUCAAAUCCAGCUCCAACGUGAGAUCUGUGACUUUGGGAGCCACAUCGACUUGCCACCUGGAAACGGGAGCAAAUCGACCGGCGGCUUGCAAAAGACUUUCUCCAAGUUGACGUCCCGAUUUACAAAGAAAACCUCCUGUGCAAAUUCGAGCAGCAGUGGGAGCUACUCCAUUCCUAGUACGCCUUCCAAAAACCUUUUUAUAGCAAACAACUCAGAGGACAAAUUAAAAACAGCCAACAACGGGGACACGCGGCUGCAAAGUAUUCUGAACAUCGGUAACUUCCCCAGGGCGGCAGAGUUCGGGCAGCCAGGGCAGAGCCCGAGCAAGCAGACUCUCAACGGGUUUCUUCUUGACAGGCGAGACCAUGGCAAAUCGGACGGUGGCAAAGAUGCCAAAGGCAUGAAUUUACCAACUGACCAAGAAAUGCAGGAAGUCAUAGAUUUCCUCUCUGGCUUCAAUAUGGGUAAAUCCCAGCAGACCUCCCCGCUGGUGAAAAGGAGAAAUUCCGUUGCAUCCUCUUCAGCUGCAGCAGAGCAGAAGCCCGCAGCAGUGCAACAGCAGCCUCAGUCUUCGUCUCACACUCCUCUGCACCAUCUUCAGCAAGGGCUGCUGCAGCAGCCGCAAAAGCAGCAGCAGCAGCAGAUGCAGUUUUAUCAGCACCUGCUUCAACCCAUUGGGCCCCAGCAGCAGCAGCGUCCCCCUGGCAAAUGGCCCACCAAUGCCAGCCAGCAGCCAGCCCAGACUGUUGGCCCGGGAUUGUCUCACAUGCAUCAGUGGAGCAAUCAUGCCUUUUCCGACCUGAGCUCCGAUUUGUAUAGCUUGGGCCUGGUGAACAGUUAUAUGGACAAUAUGAUGUCUGAGGUGUUGGGACAGAAGCCACAAGGACCUCGAAACAAUACAUGGCCAAAUCGUGACCAAAGUGAUGGAAUCUUUGGGAUGUUGGGAGAGUUCCUACCUUUUGACCCUGCAGUUGGCUCUGAUCCAGAGUUCGCCCGCUAUGUGGCCGGGGUCAGCCAGGCCAUGCAACAGAAAAGGCAAGCACAGCACUUCCGUCGCCCCAGCAACGCACGUAGCAACUGGCCUCAUCCUGAUGACCCUCACAGAACCUGGCCCUUUCCUGAGUAUUUUACGGAAGGUGAGAUGACCAGCAGCUGGUCGGGCACUCAGGGUGAUUCUGCCAGUUCCAGCGAUGAGACCUCCUCUGCCAAUGGAGACAGCCUGUUUUCCAUGUUCUCAGGGCCAGACAUCGUUGCUGCAGUCAAGCAAAGAAGAAAACACAGCAGUGGCGAGCAAGAUCCCACCAUGCUUCCAUCGCCACCGCUCCUUUCUACAGUGGAUGAUCACAGUCAGGACAACAAAACCAAAACCUGGCCUCCGAAAGCCCCUUGGCAGCACACGCUGCCGAGUCAAAGCAUGUCUUUGUACCAGAUGAGUAACCCUGCCAGCCAGUGGAAUGACACCAUGCAGAUUCUGCAGUCACCAGUUUGGUCAACAGCCAGCGAUUGCACUCCAUCGACAGGGAUCUCCUCCACUUUUGCCUAUGCGCAGCAGCAGCAACAAUCACCGCAGCAGCAGCAGCCGUCUCAGCACAAACCGAUGAAUAAGGGCUUUAAACCUUUCCCAGUCAAGCACGAACGUAGACCAUCCUAUAUGCAUCAAUACUGACCCCCCUUUUUCCCCCCUAGCGAGACACAGCAGCAGAGGACCAAAGUCUUCAACAUGACGAACCUUCAUUUGUUUUUACAGUUGUGCGGUGGUGGCUGUCUUCUGGUUGUUCUGUGGAGUGACAGCUUUUAGUGAUGGUCUCUCUCUCUCUCAGUGCUGAGCAUAUGGUGCCAAGGUAUUAGGUGUAUACACAACAGCCCUAAACUGUGAUGCUUUCAAAGCGUGUGGACUUAACUUUUACCCUGCUAAAA